UCCAGGCCUCCUUCACAGAGCCCCUCUUUCCUGGGUUUGGCCUGGCUAACUAUGGGGACACUUUAGUCCUGUGCCAGAUGUAGUAACUUCCCCUGCCCACACAGACACACUGGUACCGAACCGUUCAGCACCAGGGUCCGAGCAUAAGCAGAGACCCCCUGGGCCCGGCCAGUACCUGAAUCCUCAGUCUGGCCCAGUGAGCCCGGCCGCAGGGCAGGCUGAGCCCACUAGUGUGAAGAGACCGCGGGUCACAGUGACCCCUGCUGGAGAGUGCUGGUGUGACAGGAGCGUGUGGCUCUGUCCUGCCUAGUCUGGUCCCCAAAAACCGACUUGACUUCGGAACGACAGGGCUGUUUGUCCGGCUUCUUCCCCUCCAACUGUUCUCUCUUCCGUUUUCCGUGUGUCUCCUGGUCCCGUUGAGUAAUUGAAGAGCCAGAACAGUCUCUCACUUCUCCCCAGACAGGAGGGGGUUGUUGAAGGCGGUUUUCUGUUUCUCUCUCAGGCAGUUUGUACCUGUGAUUCUGUACUGCGGUUCUGAUGGCCUGGUCUGUUACUCUCAGGUAAAUACAGAUUAAUUAACAGAAAUAAACCCAUAUGUCUCCUCUCCUUUAAUCUGAGCAGCCCCCUCUCUGCCUGCACUCAACUCAAGACCACACCUCCUGUAAACCACACCACCUGUAAACCACACCACCUGUAAACCACACCCCUUUCAUUAACCACACCCCUGCCUCUCUAGGCAGUUCCAGGAAGUCACACAGAGAUAAGUUUCGUUCCUGCUGAAGCAGACUCUCAGAAUCUCUCGCACUCCGCGCUCUGUGCAUUUCUCUCUGCAGUAAAAUGGCAGAAGGUGGAAUUGUACUGAAUCAAGACCAGUUCAGCUGUUCAGUGUGUCUGGACAUCCUGAAGGAUCCAGCGACUCUUCCCUGUGGACACAGUUACUGUGUGGGCUGUAUUAAGAGCUGCUGGGAUCUGGAUGAUCAGACUGGAGUCUACAGCUGCCCCCAGUGCAGACAGACCUUCACCCCAAAGCCUGUUCUGUGCAGAAACACUGUUCUGGCUGAAGUGGUGGAGAAACUGAAGGAGACAGGGCUCAGUGGUCCUCCUGCUCCCAGUCCUGCUGGCCCUGGAGAUGUGCUGUGUGAUGUCUGCACUGGGAGCCAGGUGAGAGCUGUGAAGUCCUGUCUGGUGUGUCUGGCCUCUUACUGUCAGACUCACCUCCAGCCUCACUGUGAAGCUCCUGCCUUCAAGAGACACCAGCUGGUCGAGGCCACAGGACAGCUGCAGGACAAGAUCUGCUCCAGUCAUGACAAACCCCUGGAGCUAUAUUGCCGUACUGAUCAGAAGUGUGUUUGUCUGAUGUGUACAUUUGAUGAGCACAGAGGCCAUGAUUCAGUCUCCGCUGCAGCAGAGAGGACUGAGAAGCAGAAGCAGCUGGGGGCGACACAGAGACAAACCCAGCAGAGACUCCAGGAGAGGGAGAAGGAGCUGCAGGAGCUGAGACAGGCUGUGGACUCACUCAGAAGCUCUGCACACACUGCAGUACAGGACACUGACAGGAUCUUCACUGAGCUGAUCCGCUCCAUUGAGAGAACACGCUCUGAGCUCACACAGCUGAUCAGAGCUCAAGAGAGGGCUGCAGUGAGUCAGGCUGAAGGACUCCUGGAGCGACUGGACUCCUGGCGACAGAAGAUCGCUGAGCUGAGGAGGAGAGACGCUGAGCUGAGCCAGCUCUCACACACAGAGGAUCACAUCCAUUUCCUCCAGAAUUUCCAGUCUGUCUGUGUCCCUCCUGGAGCUGGAGACUCAACCAGCAUCCCUGUCGGACCCCACUUCUCUCCUGAGGCUGUGAGGAGAGCUGUCUCUGGACUGAAAGAGCAACUGGAGAACUUCUGCAAGGAGGAAUCAGUCAAGAUCUCCAGGACAGUCAGUGAAGUCUACAGUCUGCAGACUCCAGAGCACAGGACCAGAGCAAAGCUUUUACACUAUGCCUGUCGGCUCACACUGGACCCCAACACAGCGCACAGACACCUGCGUCUGUCUAAGGGGAACAGGAGGGUGACCUGGAGCAGGGAGCCCCAGCAGUACCCCGAUCACCCCGAGAGAUUUGAUUCAGAAUUCCAGGUGCUGUGCAGGAUGGGGGUUUCUGGGACUCGCUGUUACUGGGAGGUGGAGUGGAGUGGGGGAUGGGUUUAUAUAGGGGUCACAUAUAAAGGACUCAGCAGGAAAGGGGAGGGCGUUGACUGUCAUCUUGGACACAAUGUCAAGUCCUGGAGUUUGUGCUGCUCUGGUUCCAGUUGGUCUUUCAGGCACAACAAUGAAGAAACUGCAGUACCUGUCCUUAACUCCUCCAGAAUAGGGGUGUAUGUGGAUCACAGGGCUGGAACUCUGGAAUUUUAUAGCGUCUCUGGAGACACAGUGACCCUCCUGUACAGAGUCCAGACCUCCUUCACGGAGCCCCUCUACCCCGGGUUCAGGUUUGGAAAUCGAGGAGACAGUGUGACCCUGUCCCACCUGCAAGUCUCUUUUGUCCUGGGUGAGAAACAAGAGCUCCAGCAGUUCAGUCUGUUUUCAUCACUCAGGGGAAUGAAAUGUGAUUCCACUCUGUCACUUGACUCCAAACCCACAGCUCACAGAGUGAUUUAUAUCCCACCCCCUAAGAUUUCAAUUGAGGAGCCCAAAUGAACAGUUGUGUCCAAAUUAACCCCUUCCUCUCAUGAAGUGUCCAGUCGGUCAGCAGUCAGUCCCUGUCCCACUGGACUUUAGAUGGUCUGACAGGGAGCAGGUACAGGAGACAGGUAACAUGCUUUCUAAGACCAUGGCUCUGAGUACUAGUGCCCCCUAUACAAACCCCUACACUCUCUCACCUCGGAGACACAGAGACCCCCUCCCUCUCUCACCUGGGGGACAGAGACCCCCUCCCUCUCUCACCUGGGGGACACAGAGACCCCUUGCUCUCACCUGGGACACAGAGACCCCCUCACUCUCUCACCUGGGGGACACAGAGACCCCCUCACCCCCUCACUCUCUCACCUGGGGGACAGAGACCCCUCUUCAGAAAUAGGAAUGAAGAAUGAUCUCAGCCCGUCUGUCCCUCAGCAGGGAGCUGAUGUUUCCGCCCAGGUCUCUGCUUGUGUUCCUGCUGCCUCGGAAACAGACUCUGCCUUGAGCACGUCAGGGUUAAACUGGGGAGAGGGCUCCGUGCGCACAGACCCAUGAACCAGAGGUCCAACCCAGGACCGACCCCACUUGUACAACACGGCUCCGAGCUGGAGCAGGCAGACUGGAGCGGGCUGGAGGAUCACUGGGGCUCUGUUCCAGCUCGGACCAACACAGCCCCUUCAUCUCGUCUCAGAGCCACAGAUGACCAGGGGCAGAAAACCAGCUCGUCAGGCCGGCCAUUACACACUUUUAAUUAUUGAGCCUUCAAGGUGGAAGCCACAAGGCUGUGCACCUGAAGCUGAGAGAAGUUUAAAAGUCACACUUCCUUCGUUAUUUACAGUGAAGUCACUUUGCCAAGCGAGAUGUGCGACGUCGACAGGCCCUGGUAGAGGGUUCGAGCAGCUUUCACUGGUGCUCUGUCGAUGUUAGACUGCAUUAGGAUAAAACAGAACUGAACAGGACAUGUCCUCCAGUCUCCCCGGUAUACGAGAGGACAGAUCUGCUGAAGGCUCUCUCUCACCUCGCUGGCUGUGUCCCAGGCAUAUUGCAGUGAUACUCAGAAGUGUUUGGGAAGAAUAUGCUGGAACCCCAGAGUCUGAACUGGCGCUCCUGUGGUCCAGAGACAACUCUCAGGCUAACCAAGGAAGAUCAAGCAGCACUGAUGUUCAGAAUGGCUGUGGCCUGUUUCAAGAGUGGGCUCGAUGGCAUGAUCUCCACCAGGGCAGCGGAGAGGGACAGACACUCACCUUUCUUGGCUGUUUUGAAAAACAGAUCCCUGAUUGCUUUGCAAACCCAGCCAUUCUGCGGUCACUUCAUCAUCGAUUCCAGCUCAGCUCCAAUCUCCACAAGACUGGAGCUGUUGGUUCUUCGUCUGGACGCUGUUUAUUUCUCUCUCUUUUUUUGGUGUUUUUCAGAAUUUAGUAUUGUUUUGUUAUGUUUCUUAGUUAUUGUUGGUCUUGUUAAAGUGUUCAAAAUUCCUUAAAUAAAAUACUUCAAAGAAACUAGAAAAGUGGGCC